CCACCAUCUCGUACGAAAACCAUCCAAAAUGAGGCUGAUUUUACUACCACUAAUCCUAACCCUCGUGGCAGCUGAGGAGUUCAACUACUUUAUGAAAGUGUACGAAGAUUGCAAACGAUCAGAAGGCUUAUUGCCAUGCCUGCAGAAGAAAGCGAUUGUAUUCUUCGACAGAGCUGCGAGGAUGGAGAAGAUUCCUUUAUUUGAAGGAGUGGAUGUUGUCAAAUCAUCGAAUGUAAAUACUGUGCCGUUGAGUGAAAACGAGAUUGAUGUUGUCCUGUCGAGAAAUCUAGAGGAUAAGCAUGCGGCGUUGACGCAGAUGCUGUGGGACAGGAUAGCCACGUUUGCUAAUUCCAGGACGGUGCAGCUGUCUCUGCCUAAGAUUAGCGGUGAAGAGCUCAACAAGGGUGUUGAGGAAGGUCGAGGGAAGAUGAAAAAGAUGAUGGGCAUGAUGAUGAUGGGAGCGGCGAUGAAGAUGGUUGCCAUGAUGCCGGUCGCGAUAGCCGGCCUCUUCGUGCUAGCGGGGAAAGCCUUAAUAACCGCUAAGAUUGCCCUCCUGCUAGCAGGAAUCAUCGCUCUGAAGAAGCUCAUGUCACAGAAGGGAGGCGGUGGCGGCGGCGGUGGUGGUCAUGAGAGCCACGGCUGGGCAUCAGGCGGCAGCGGCGGAUACGACCGACGUUCGUACAACGACGUCUCUGACAUGGCCUAUUCGGCCUAUAGACAACAAUAGACGACAAGUCUAGCUAAGCGGAAAAAUAGAUGCCUAUUGUUAGGCAAUAGAACGACCUGUUCGGCUUAAGUAUUAAGCUAAAUAGGUCGAAAGUGAAUUAAGGAUUCUAACGUAGCCUUUUGUUUCUAUCUUUACCUUUCUUCAUUCAAAGACUGUUUAAAAGGCUAAUGUUUGAACUAUCUAUUUAUUGUUAGUUAAUUUAUUUAUGAAAUCUUAGGUUAAAUUAUUUAUUUUUAGAUAAGAUAUAUUUUUUUAAUUUAAUUGUAAAUUUAUUUAUUGGUUACACGUUUGUAAUCUGAAGAGCUGACAAUGUAAUCAGCUUUAAUGUGAAUUUAUAUUUCAAGUACAUUUUAUGAAUAGAUGUUUAUUUAUUGCUCAAUAAUUUAUUAAAAUACAUUCUGAACUCUGUUUAAUAUUGUUCAAGGCUCAUUAUUUAAUAAAGUAUAAUAAAUGGAUGUAUCUAGUAAGCGAUGUUACUGUACAGUUUCAAAUAAAUUUAUUUAUUUGUAUAA